AUGCUCGACCACUUGGGAAGGAAACCUCAUCAUCCACCCUUCUGCACCCCACAGAACCACACCAACCACAACCAGAACAAAAAGGCUCACCGUAACGGUAUCAAGAAGCCUAAGGCCAACAGGCACCCUUCCCUCCGUGGUGUGGACCCCAAGUUCCUGCGCAACCAGAGGUUCGCCAAGAAGGGCAGUCUUGCUGUCAUCAAGAAGUCCGAAUAA